GUGACAGUUGGUACUAGUGUACUCGGCGGACAGCAGCAGCGACUGUAAACAAAACAGAAGAUUUAAUAACUUUAGUCGAAUAGAAAGAAAUGUUCAUAAAGACGUCCUUCAAUUUAAAAUGUUGCUGAACGUCGUGUUACCGUAAUUAUUAUAAUAAUUGUUUUAAGUUUCCUGUCGACUGUUUUCUUCUCAACCAUGGAUGCUGACGGCCCCCAGGCCCUGUGUGACCUCUGCUUGGCUAAGGUGUGCAGCAGCCUGGAGGCUCUGUGCAGCAGGAGAGCAGACGGCUCCCUUGGCCUCAGCUUGGCCCCGGUGUUCCCACAGGAGAUGGCAGACCAGUUACUGCGCAAGAUGGCGACUAAAGGGAUACUGAAUGACACAACUGUUGGGAUUUUCCAAAACUGCAAAGAGCUCCGCCUGCGCAGAGCAUCAAUCCGCCGCUGUACGGUGUCUGCAGAAGCUUUCCGCCUGGCCCUCUGCCCUCACAGGCUCCAGGAACUAGACUCCGCCUGGGCCUCCGGCGGCCUCACAGGGGCUAACAUCGUCUCGGGCCUGGCCUCCAACCCGGAGUGCAGAUCAAGCCUGCGGAGGUUGUGCCUCACUGGGCUACAUGUGGACUGGGAGUCCCUGGUGGAGGAUGGAGUUGGCUUCAGCUCCCUGCAGGGCUUGAGGACGCUCAAUAUGGCCAACACAGACCUGACUGAUGCUGCCCUGGAGGAUAUCUGCUCUCUCCCUCAGCUGGAGAGCCUGGACAUCUCCUGCAGCGCCGUGUCGAAUCUUACUGCACUCCUCCGUUGCAAGAACACGCUGAGAUCUUUCAUCGGUCACAAGCUGCAGCAGCUGGAUAUGUCGCCUAUCAGGUGUCUCUCUGUCCUCAGUCAACUUCACACCCUCAGGCAUCUAGACUUUUCAGAGGACCACUUUGCUGUGGAUGACAGUGACGGGAAAGACGGGGAGGAGAUGGUGCGGCAGCUUCUGGAGGGGAGUGCUCAGGUCCUUCCUUCACUUGUAUCCCUAGAUAUCUCUGGACGGAAGAGGACCAGUGAAGCAUCAGUCAGAGCGUUUGUGGAGGCCAGAGGUGGACUGGUGUUCUUGGGCCUGCUAGCCACCGGGGCUAGCUCCUGUGAAAUCCUGACUUCACAGAGAAACUUAAAAGUAACCGGAGAGGCAAAUGAGAACCAGGUGUGCGAGGCCCUGCGGAGGUACAGAGACCGCGAGUGUUUCAUACGAGAGGCCCUCCUCCACCUCUACAAUCUAACCACUGACAUUGACAAACCUCGGCCAGAUAUGCUAAAGCUGGUUCUAGAGGGGAUGCAGAGCCACCCCACCUCCCUGCACAUCCACCUGGUGGCCACAGCGUGCCUCUUUAAUCUGACCACUCAGGACCUGGCAGAGGCCAUGCCUGUCUGCCUGCUCACCUCCACCGUCACCCAGCUGCUGAUCGCCAUGGAGAGCUUCCCCAGCCACCAACAGGUGCAAAAGAACUGUCUUCUGGCGCUCUGCAGUGACUACAUCCUUCAGGACAUCCCUUUUGACAAGUAUUUUGCGGCCACGCUGGUGAUUAACUGGCUGCGAAGCCACGAGGAUCCCACCCUUCAGAGGAUGGCGGUGGCUGUCAUCUCCAUUCUGGUGGCCAAGUUGUCCACAGAGGAGACGGCUAAACUCGGCAAGGACGUCUUUAUUAUGAAGCAGCUGCUGGCUAUAGUGCAGCAGAAAGCCAUGGCGGGAGCGGUAGACUCCACUCUGAAGUUCGCCCUCAGCGCUCUGUGGAACCUGACGGACGAGAUGCCCACCGCUGCUCGCAAUUUUAUCGAGUGCCAGGGCCUGGGGCUGUAUGAGGAGGUUCUUGAGACUUACUACACUGAACCCUCCAUUCAGCAGAAAGUUCUUGGCCUUCUGAACAACAUAGCCGAGGUGGAGGGGUUACAGGGGGACCUGAUGGAGGAGGGCCUGCUGGAGCACAUCCUCAGCCUGCUGCAGGACUCUGAGGUGGAGGUGGGGGUCCGUUACUUUGCGGGGGGGACUCUGGCACAGCUCGCCUCCAGACCUGAGGCCUGGACCCUGGGCGACGAGCUCCACAGCAACACCGUGAAGCAGCUGCAUGAAUCGAUAAUGACAUGGAACCAACUCGAGAGGGAAAUGGUCUCUUACAGGUCGUUCCGUCCAUUUUGCCCUCUGCUUCAGACUUGGCAGCCCUCGGGGGUGCAGCUGUGGGCAGUGUGGGCCAUACAUCUGGUCUGCGGUCAGAAUACUUCACAUUACAGGAGCAUGAUGGAGAAGGAGGGUGUGACUGAACUUCUGCGGGCUUUGGCUGCACAUCCCGACACACACAGCGACAUUAAAGAACUGUCAGACAGCAUCCUGCUCAUGGUGGAUCAACAGCAGAAUGGCUCGGCAUCCACCAAGAACCACACAGAGCCUCAAAACUCUUGACAAAAGUGAAAUAUCAUUUAUUUUAUUUAUUGUUGAGGUUGAAGAUAAAGAAUUGAAUCACAUUGAAAUUUUUCUGUCAGAAAAGUGUAAUUUAUAUCAAAAUCUUUAUUUAAAUUAUUUAAUUUUAAAUUAUUUUGCGGAGGAAUAAAGUGUUUACAUACGUGAAAUUAAUAUGUUCACAUUUCAUUUGUAAAGUUAAGGGACAGAAAAUCUUGUGUUUGGUAAUAUUGCAUAAAAUCCCACACCUGUCACUAGGGGGUGCUUUGGUACUGUAGCUUCAGGGCUUUCUGUCCCUAAGCUCUGUUUUUGUACAAUAUUUACUCAGCACAUGAUUAGACUUAAAAUCAAACAUGAUUCCAAGCAAAAUAUUAAAGCCACCUGUUUAUCUGUC